UCACCACCUGGCGCGUCCCGUUACGCACGGACCGUUUUCAAACACCGGGCAGUUUUCACAGCUCUACACGCGCCCACUUCCGGAUUUCCCCACCACGAGCACACACGCGCGCGCGUGCACCCAUCUACCCCUGAGCUCGGGAGAGAACCACUCGGCAUGUUCCGUGAGGGGAUGACGACACACGACCGGUGACAGCAGGACUCGGGGGAGCGGACGUGCCGCAGGAACCGGAGCGGUCUCGGAUCACCCCCGAGCAUCUAGGUGAUUCGGCGCGUGUUCGUGUCCGCGUGGCCGCUUUUCCACGGAGUUCCUCCAUCCAGCAGACACUUUCUGGUCCGCAGCUCGUUUCUGGAUCCCUUCUGCUUUUCCAAACUUCAUUUCGGGAGCGCCAGGAUGAAGUUGGACACCGGCUCAGUUCUGCGGAGACAGACGCUCCUAUGGUUCUUCAUAGUGAGUCAGUGUGCAUCAGCGCAGGGUUGUGGGUCAAACUACAAAUACCUCAUCGAGGAGAUCUGCUUGGCCAAGUUCCGGUUCGACAUGCAGGAGCUGGACCAGAGUCAGUGGUGCAGCUGGGAGGACACAGUGGAGCUCUAUGGCGAGCUCACAAACUGCACGUACCUGGUGGCGUUGAACGUGGGGUGCUACUGGCCCAACCGAAUGGUGGACGAGUUCUUCGUCGACGUCCACAGGCACUACUUCCAUGACUGCUCGCUGUCCGGGCGGCUUCUUAGGGACCCUCCAAACCGCAUCCUGGGUCCUUUCAUCGCAGUCCCAAUCCUGGUCACCCUCCUGAUGACAGCCCUGGUGGUGUGGAGGAGCAAGCGCAGCGAGGGGAUCGUGUAGUGAGAAGAAAGGCGGGGUUUGGGGCUACAGAAGAGAUCACUAGACCUUUUGUCCCUAAGGAUACACUGCUCUCACCUUCAGUGACUGAAGGAUCUUCUGCGUUGAAUGUUUGAGGGAAUAAGACUAAAAACUAGAGAUAAAAGUCCUCCUUCCGUGCACAAAAGUGAAGCCAUUGCAAAUCUCAUUCAAAGAAAAUCCUCAAGGCUUGGAGUCUUGGGUUUCCAGAACCCUUCUUGCUGCCACGAUUACCUGAAUCUGAUCGACUGCUGAGGAGAUAUUGUAAAUAAAACUGUUUUACUAGGAUACCUGGCUAGCGAAGGCGUCUGAGCAUCAACACUGACUUAAAACAAGAAAAUACACAUUUUCCACAUGGGAGAUCAAACUAAACCCUUAAAUAAAUGGACACAAAGACAUCUCUGAUGAACUCCGGGAUCUCUACACACACGUCUGUAGAACUUGUGUUGAUUUUGAUCAUUUGGUAAAUAUCUGAACUUCUCUGACUUCUAGAGAUGGACGACCAACACAGAAAUGAAGCAGACAUUCUGCUCAGGUAAGCGGAAGCUAAGCGGUGGAUCUGCAGAGGUGGAGGACUCGGUUAGAAGUGGUAAUCAGACGUCUUGGAAGCGUCCUUCCUGUUUUAACAGGACGUAUUUCAAUAAGAAAAAUAAAAGCACCGUUGCCGAAAAGACGAUUUGAAGCUGUGGGUGUCUGCGAGUUAGCCAACGCACAACGCCGCUGAGCAUCGCCAUCGCCCACAGCACAGCCUGAACACCACGGACCUUGGGUUUUUAUUGAUUUGUGAUCCCUCAGUAGUAGAGCGUGCCGUGUGAACUGCUCCUUCAUUGAUAUUUUUGCUCUUUUAUAGAUUCACUGACCUGUAAACCUGCCUGUCAGCAAAACUCACUUGAGGCUAAACCCACUUGUACUUUGUGCCAAAAGCUCUUGGAGAGCAGAGCGGGAGAUGCUCGUUUGACUUGGAAACGACUGAUUUUAAAGUCCGUGUUCGUGCCGAAAUGGUAAAUAAAGUGUCUGAGUCCACCGGGUGUCCAUGUUCUCCUGUGGGAUUAAAAACGAGGAAACUCUUUGUCAGUGAGUUUAAAAACAAUCCAGAGUUCAUGACGGAGCAGUAAGGAGUGACAGGUGAGUGGCGUUGAUGGAAAACAGGAAACCCCCGGGGAUGAGAAUAUCUUCAGAUGCAUCUUAGAUCCUGUAAAACAACCUAAUUUAAUACCAGCCUGUUUUAUUGUGACUGCAGCCGAGAACAGGACUGACCCAAGACCGGCUCGUGAUCCUGCACACAACGCCGUACUGGACCGUUCCACUGCAUCACUCAUGAAUUCUUUAAACCAGGACAACGUUCAGAAUUUAAUUUCUUGAUAGUUAACCAAGUAAAAACAAUUACAGUCUUACAGGAUAAAAUAUUUUAUCUACCGAGGCACUAAAUUUGUUAUUUAUGAUGAUUUCUAAAUGGAUUUUCAGCAAACUGAACUAAUGAUUGAUCUUUUAUGUUUUGGUCGGUAAAACCGUUCAGGGUUAUUCAUCUGACCUUCAUUAGGUCUUAUUCAAUCACAUCUACUGUAAAUGAGUUUGACCAAUGACAAUAAAUGAUAUCAAACCCA